AGUGUGUAAAGAAGACUCUUAGGCAAUCGGCUAUCUGGGACUUUCUCCCUGAGGGAAUUUUGCUGCUCACCGAGUCGCUGCUGGGAUGAAGCUUUAUGGCCUCGUUGUCCUGGUAGCCAUUCUCCUCAGUGAGCAGCAUGGCCUCGCCUUUCAGAGUGGCCAGGUGUUAUCUGCUCUUCCUAGAACCUCUAGGCAAGUUCAAGUUCUUCAGAAUCUUACUACAACCUAUGAGGUCGUUCUCUGGCAGCCAGUGACAGCUGAAUUCAUUGAAAAGAAAAAAGAAGUCCAUUUUUUUGUGAAUGCAUCGGACGUUGACAGUGUUAAAGCCCAUUUAAAUGUGAGCAGAAUCCCAUUUAGAUGCAGUCAAAUGGACCAAAUUAUUGAUAAUUUGUCAGAGGCAUUUACUGCCCCUUUCCAGAAACUGUGCAAGAUCUAUUCCUGGAUAGACGUUGUAACCGAACGGUAUCCUGACAGGCUCCAAAAAAUCUACAUUGGCUCAUCAUAUGAAAAGUACCCACUUUAUGUGUUAAAGGUCACCCAGUUCUAUGGGAAAGAAAAGCUGUAUACCAAUCUCCUGAGGCACGUGGAUUUCUACGUCAUGCCCGUGAUGAACGUGGAUGGCUACGACUACACAUGGAAAACGAACCGAAUGUGGAGAAAGAACCGUUCUGUCCACAAGAACAACCGAUGUGUGGGCACAGACCUGAACAGGAACUUCGCUUCCAAACACUGGUGUGAGGAAGGUGCAUCAAGUUUCUCCUGCUCUGAAACCUACUGUGGACUUUAUCCUGAGUCGGAGCCAGAAGUGAAGGCGGUGGCUGACUUCCUGAGGAGAAACAUCAACCACAUUAAAGCUUACAUCACCAUGCACUCAUACUCCCAACAAAUACUGUUUCCCUACUCCUAUAACAGAAGCAAAAGCAGGGACCAUGAGGAACUGUCUCUUGUAGCCAGUGAAGCAGCGCAUGCGAUUGAAAUCAUUAAUAAAAACACCAAGUACACAUAUGGCAGUGGCUCAGAAAGUCUAUACCUAGCUCCUGGAGGUUCUGAUGAUUGGAUCUACGAUUUGGGCAUCAAAUACUCAUUUACGAUUGAACUUCGAGAUAAAGGCAGAUACGGAUUCUUGCUGCCUGAGAGAUACAUCAAACCCACCUGUACAGAAGCUCUGGCAGCAGUCUCCAAAAUAGCUUGGCAUGUUAUUAGGAACCUUUAAUGCCUGUGCCUCUGCUCCGGUGUUUUUAUUUUACUGAUUUCAGCAACACCAAAUUGUUGAACUAGCUUUUUUCUAAGUCUAAUCAGUUUCCUUGGUUUUGUCAAAGAAUAAAAUACAUAACACUUGGAGCUUAA